GCAUGUACAAUACGAAAGAGGCUGGUUUUUGGUUUCAUCCGCCAUAGUUAAAUCUGUUGUGUUUCAUAUUGAUUUUGAUUUUGAUUUGGGACCGAUGCCUUCAUCUUCCUUCUACCACUAUCUUUGAUUUCCAUUUUUGUGCUUUUGCUGCAUCUGAUUAUGGAGGCGCCCUCCUUUGUUUCAAAAGCGAGGACUGCCUUUCAUUCCGCGGCUGCUAAAGCGGAGCGAGUUUUCUUCGACUUUAAAUCCGAUCCAUCAGAUUUUGAUAAACAACAACUGCCUAAGAUCCACGAACGGACUUCCAAGAACGAAGAUGAAAUAAGGAGUCACAGUGAGCCAAAGCAUUCGAAGUGGAGACCGCCGAACAUCGGGACAAAGCAGGACUGGCACGAUAAGUUCAAAAACAUUCGAAUUGGAAAGAAAGCUGCUGAGGAUACUGAAAAAGUUGAAAAUCCAACCAUGUCUGUACCAUUUUAUGAUGAGAAUUUGUACCUACUGAACAUGAAAAAUGAUAUUGAAGCAAAGAAUGCAGAAAUAGUUCCAUCAGUUGAAAGCUUUUUGGCUACUGACAGAGCUAGUAUUCCUCCCCUUUCAGUUAUAAAGCAGCUGGCUAUCGCUGUUGAGGCUGGAAAGAAAUCCAAGUCGAUAAAGAGUUUGGUUGCUUCGCCAGGAGAUUCUUCAUCUACAAGGGAGAAGUCGGGGUUGAGUCUGUCUUCUGUGAGGGCAUUAAUGCUUCGUGAAAAGGAGGAAAAGAGCUCAACUGAAUUUCGUCAUGAUGAGAGAGUUCAAUCUUUGAUUUGUUCACUCUUCGAUGCAGAGGGGGGAGAUUUUCUCAGAAGGAACUUUGGCACUGCUUCAGAGGGCACAAUAGUGACAUCCUUGACUAGAGAUAUUCAUGGUGCUCCUCCAGAUAGCCUCCUUGUUAAGAUUUCUGAAGUCAUAGGAAGCUUCAGAUGUCUUCGGAAAAUGGCACUUUUUUGGUGCAGAAUUGUCGAUGAAAUGAGAAGAUUCUGGGCAGAAGAGCGAUAUCUACCUGGCAUUCCAAUAGAUGAAAUUCCAGAUCUAAAUUCAUGUCUUCUAUAUCAGCGAUUUCAGGUUAUAAAUUGUUGCGUCUCCCGCAAAAGACGCCAUGAAAUAGCAACUGACAAGUUAGAUGCUGUACUACGGGAAGCAAGUUCAAAUGCUGAAUCAAGAACAUCUGAAGUAACUGUUCCUGCAAACACUCUUUUGUAUGCGAGACUCAGUAACGGGGAACUUGCACUUCGACUAGGUGCUGAUUGCCCAUUUGGUGACCAUAAAAUGUUAGAAACUGGUGAAGCAGUUUACUCUCCUGUUACACAGGAAGGUCCUUUGCUAACCGAAGACGUCAUUAAAGAAACAGAGGAGUUUGUUCUUCGAACCGGAAGUGUGGGUGCUGGAUGUUCUCAACUUCUCUCAGACAUGCAAGCUUUCAAGGCUGCAAAUCCUGGCUGUAUCUUGGAAGAUUUUGUAAGAUGGCACUCCCCUCCUGAUUGGACAGAACCUGAACCAAAUAAUGAUAGUAUAGAUUCUCCUGUUGGUAUCGAUUCAAGAGGUCAACUUAGCAGUCGAAUGCAAAAAGAAGGUAAUUUGUGGCGUGAACUAUGGGAAACAUCGAAAGCUGUGCCUGCUGUUAAACAAACACCACUCUUUGAUGAGGAUUUGGUCGUGGAAGGUAUUCUGAGUGAUUUAGAGGAGUUGCCACCUUCUGAGCUGUUUGAGCCGCUGUUCAUUUCUUUACUUGGUUUAGGAUUCAUAAUGGCGGAGGCCAAGUUGGCUAAAAAUAAUAAUCUGUCAAGCUUAUUCUAUGAGUGCAAGGGCUAUGUUGUAGCAACAUGUCAAAGAAGCUCUUGGAGCAACAAAGUUGAUGAUAUUUGUCAGGUGUAUGAAACAGUGGAGACUAUGAUGGUGAAUCCAGAGGAAAUUCUGAAGGCUAUGAAGCAGCCAGAAGAAUCAAACAUGACAGCCGGUGAGCUGAAACGGCGUUUCAAGAAGAUGAGUCUGAACUUCGUAGGGAAGGACGGAGAUUCAAGAAAAUCGUCUCCAAAAAAUGUGAACUCGGACGAAAGGCCAUCGUCACCGUCGUUCUCGUCGUUCUUCGACAGUAAAUCAUCUUUAUUUGCAAAGAAGCCUCCUAAACCAGAAACUCCAUCUGCUGCUACAACCGAUGAAAAUGGUUGGACAUUUGUUUAAACAGACAGCUGAAACUCUUCUGCCAGACACUUAAAAGCUGAAUUGUAAAUUAUAUAUUGAAACUGCAUUUAAAUAGUGAUGGGUUGGUUCCUUUUGUAGUAUACAGAAGCGAUUUUUCUUCAUUGGUUGCAUGAUUUGAUUAUUAUUUCUUUUUGGAUGUAAAUAUAUAGCAUGGGAUGACAUGGGAUUUUGUUCAUUUA